UUUAGGAUGCAAGCAUUCAUUUUCCUACUUUUUGCAUCCUCAUGCCAUUGCGUGAUGAACUUUGGUAGACUACAAAGUGCCGGUGUGAAAGGACUUGUUUACUGUAAAGGCAAGCCAGCCAAAGGAGUCUCAGUUAAACUUUACGAAAAGGAAGUCAUGUUCGAUCGGCUAAUGGACAAAGGCAAAACUGACAAAUAUGGUGCUUUCAAACUGUGGGGUAGGGCCAGAGAAUGGUCAGACAUUGAACCCGUGUUAUACAUUUACAAUAAAUGCGGCAGGCGUUUUGCUCGAAAAGUCACCAUCGACAUACCAUCAACUUACAUCACACAUUUUGGGCAGAAAGUAAAAUUUUAUGACGUUAGAAAAGUAGAAUUGAGCAAAAGUUAG